GACGCAUGAUCGGCUCAUCAAUAUAAUCUUCUCGCUCGCCAUAAAAUCUAUAUCACUAGAAGCGAGAUUGUUGAAGAAGAAGGUGUGAUACAGAUGGGGAAUUGCGUGUUCAAAAGAUUUGGGGUUGAGAUUGAAGAAAUGGUAAAAGUGGUCACUACAAACGGAGGAAUCAUGGAGCUCUACGCACCCAUCACCGCACAAUGCAUAACAAACGAGUUCCCAGGCCAUGCCAUCUACCGAAACAGUGACCACUCAUCUCCACCUCUCCUCCACGAUGAAGAGCUCCACGGAGGCCAUUUCUACUACCUCCUCCCUGUCAACGCCGACAAAAAUACGUCCACCUCCACUACUGCAAAUACAAAUUCUAUAAUUAACAGCGGGACAAGUUGUACUUCGUCGUCGAAAGUCACACCCUAUCGCAUGUCGUUUGAUAAUCAGAGGGUAUUGAAACGAUUAAAGGACGCUGAGGUGUUUCCGACCGGGGUUUGGAAGGUGAAGCUGGUGAUAUGCCCAGAGCAGCUGGCGGAGAUACUAGCGCAAGAGGCGCGAACGGAGGAGUUGAUAGAGAGCGUGAGGACGGUGGCUAAGUGUGGCAAUGGGGUCCCCUCUUCGUUGGCUAGCUCAGACCAAUGGAGCGUGUCCAGUAGCUGGAAAGGAUCUGCUGAGAAAUAUGGGGAGGAUUAUACUCACUAAUACUUAGUAUUUUGUACCUCAAUUAAAUUAAUUAAUUAAUUAAUUUUGUUUAUUUAUUUUUAAAUAUUAGCUUUCAACAGCCUUGGUAAUUAGAAUGCAUGGCAAAUAUAUUUAAUAGUUUUCUCUAAA